UUAAGUUAGUUCUUUUACCGGUAUAUAUGUAUUUCGGAAAAUUUUAGAAUGCGUAUUUCAUUUACUUACCUUUUAAUUCAGCUUGGACUUGUCAUAACAUCUGCUACGUCUAUAAUUAAAAAAACCGAGAAUUAUCAUAGAAUUGCUUAUUACAAUCAUGCUCACAAGUCCGAGCACCACAUUGACUAUAAUCGUGAACAUCUGGAAGAAUACGCUAGAUCUCAAACCCACAAAAAUGUAACCUCUGAAUCCUUGUUUCAUAACAGUUACUAUGUCAAUAUCCUUUAUAAAGGUUCCGUCAUGUGUGCAGGGAUAUUGAUUUCACAACGAAUGAUCGUAACAUCAGCGCGAUGUUUUAUUUCAUCUACCUAUGAUCCCACUCUAGAGUACAAAGCUAAGGAUAUGAGUGUAAAUACGGGAAGUCAUUUCAAUAUAUCGACAAAUGUUAUUCCCAAAAAGGUUAUAGCAUUUUACAUGCCAGGAAAGGAAAAAAAUUUCAAACCCCACAACAUUGCACUCGUUGCCCUGGCAACUAAACUGCGACGUUCACAUUAUCGUCCAAUCAAAAUUUAUCGAGGUGUACCAAAAGUAGGAGAUCCAGUGCAAAUUGUAUUUUUUGACCCGACUGAGUACAUUAUAAACCUGUACGACGCAAAAUUAGUACACCUUCAGCGUUGUAAAUCAUCUUUGUUUCAAUAUGAACACACUGAUGGUCUCGUGAACCCAGAAUUCUAUUGCGUAAAAAAUAGACAGAAUUUAAAACAUUUCAUUUGUAGCACACGACCUGGUGAUCCUUUAAUUAUCGGUUCUAAAUUGGCUGGAAUUAACUUGUAUGGAGAACAUUGUGAAAAUGAUGAAAACACUAGUCUAAUGGAUAUUUAUUAUGCCAUCGCACAUUCUAUUAAAUUUAUUCAAACUGCAACAGAUCUGCUACGUGUUUUUACUAAACAACAGCAGUAACUUUAAAAGUUGUUAAUUAUAUUAUAUAUUAACAGAACGGCAAAUGUCUUUUGGCCAAUUGAAAUAAUUAAAUUUGCAAUAGUCAAAAAACUCUGACUGCCUGACUACUUUUAUCACACUCAAAUUUUGUUCACCUUAUGAUCAACAAUGACGUGGACAAGGAAAUACCAAGGUUUUUUCUUGAAAUAAUAUUUGCAAACUUUUUCUGACUCUACUACUACAUAAAAACAUGUCUCAUACCUUCACAUUGUUACAAAUAUCGUAAAUACCAAGAUUUGUGUCAAUAGCUUUUUUAAUGGCGGCAUAAAGAGCACACGUACCGACGGAUUGAGAGGCAUGGCUAUAUUGAUGCGAUGGGGUAGGAAACAUCUCUGCGUUAAAAAUAGCCGACUAACUUUAUAAUACACUUUGCAAGGAUAUAAAAACAUGUUGUAGUAAUCACUGCUACAAUAUUUGGGCGCUCAUCCGGUAUUUAUAUUUAAAAGAAUUAAGUCAUUUUCAUUUUAACUACUAUUUAUAUCCUGAUGGGUUCAAAGUUGAAAUAAAGAUCGCUUCUGUGAGACUACA